CCCCAAACAACAAACCCAAAACCCCAAACCGCGACCGCCCCACCCCAAAUCCCAGAGCCGCCGCCGCCACCGGAGCCGCGCUCCCCGCAGCCCGCCGCGCCCGCCCGGCGGGGAGCGCCGCCCGCCCGGCCAUGGAGCGCUGCUGAGCGGCCCCCGGGGCCAGCCGAGCGGAUCAUGAACCUGGUGGGGGGCUACCAGCAUCACCACCACCACCACCAUCACCACCACAUGCUGCACGACCCUUUCCUCUUCGGGCCGGCGGCGCGGUGCCACCAGGAGCGCGCCUACUUCCCCGGCUGGGUGCUCAACCCGGCCGAGGCUACCCCCGAGCUCGCCGGGCAGAGCCCGAACUACGGCCCCGCCGAGUACGGCCCGGCCGGCCCGGGGCGGCUGGAGGCUCUCAGCGGCCGCCUGGGACGGCGAAAAGGUGUCGGGGGACCCAAGAAGGAGCGGCGGAGGACGGAGAGCAUCAACAGCGCUUUCGCCGAGCUCCGCGAGUGCAUCCCCAACGUGCCCGCCGACACCAAGCUCUCCAAGAUCAAGACCCUGCGCCUGGCCACCAGCUACAUCGCCUACUUGAUGGAGGUGCUGGCCAAGGACAGCCAGCCCGGGGACACCGAGGGCUUCAAAGCCGAGCUCAAGAAGGCGGACGGCAGGGAGAACAAGAGGAAAAGAGAGACGCAGCCCGAGGUCUAUUCGCAGCCUCUGGGUCACGGCGAGAAGAAGCUGAAGGGCCGGACGGGUUGGCCCCAGCAGGUCUGGGCUCUGGAACUGAACCCCUGAGAGCUGCCCCGCCGCCUCGACGGCGCUCCCCGCCCGCCCCUCCAUGUGCAAUGUCGGAGAGAGCCCAGCCCGGCCCCGGAGCCCAUCCAGGCGCAGGAUACGGGGAGCCGGCCCGGCUGCCCCCCGCCCGGGGGAUGCUCUUCGGGAGAGAGGCGAGAGCGCUUUGCGGGCUCGGGUCCUGCCCGCCUCGUCGGCAGCGGGGACCAGCCGGGCCCUUUCCCCCGUCCCCUUCCCGCAAUUGCAGUAAUCGUUGCUCCUUCCCUCUGCCAGCAGCGAUCGGCUGCCCCUGCCCCGCCGGGCCGGACUGGAACGGUUCGAUUCGUUUGCUGUUGUAAAUACGAGCCCCCGAUCCCCUCUCCCCGUCCGCGGCCCGACCGACGUGUGGCUGCGGUGAAACUACCUAGAGGUGCAUUUGGGAACACUCCUGUGCCGGGUUUUCUACCUCAGAUCUGCAUGACCACUUCCCGAAGGACCGAGCGCGCCACACCACGUAUUUAAAACUGAAUAGCUUAACAAAAAAAAAAAAAAUUAAUAAAAUAAAAUUUAAACUUUAUGCGAACGGCCUCGGGUCCGAGCCCUAUGCUUUCCUCUGCUUCAGCAAUCGCGCUGCUCUGGCUGGGUCCCCUGCGCUGCCCACAGGGAUGCUGCGGGAUUAAAGACACCCCUGAAGUCAGUACUCUGCUGUGGGGCCGAUCCAUGUGCGGGAAUUCCUCCUUGGGGAGCUCGGGAUCCUUUGAGACUCGUUUAUGCCGUCCUUGCUCGCCGAAGGAGCUGGCGGAGCUCUGCAAACCCGCAACCUCCUCCGGGCACGAACUCUGCCCCUGCCCUAGAGCCCCUUUCCUCCCUCCCCAGGAGACCUGCUGGAGGGACUGGACCCGUGUUUGGUUUGGGGAAGGAUGGCAGGAUCAGGCCUUUGCAGCGUCGGGAUGGCACCACAGAGCUGUGGAGCCCCGGGUUUUAUUGCUGCCACGCAGAGAGUCAGCGCUCGGCUCCCCUCUCGGCUCUGGCACCGGCAGCACUUUCUCACAGGGAUCCCCUGUUAGGCGCUGCCUCGGCCGCGUUUCGAAGGAGCAGCGUCCCCUCCUCGCCAUCCGAACACGACGGAUACCACCAGCCUCAGACACAGCAGCGCUCACGCAGCCCAAAUUCUGACACCACUCGGGCAUAAAUCCUUAAUAAUCCUUAAUGAGUAAAGCCAAAUCCUCAUUCCUUUACACUGUGCACACAUGGUGCUCUUACCGAAGAGUUCCAAGACGUGCGUGUAUGGGCUCAGAGCCUGAUCCUGCCUUCCCAGCCUGGCCACGCUGUCGUUCCCAGAGACACCGGGAUAAACCCUGACACUCGGGCGGCUGCUUGGGGCAAAGAAAAACUGCACAGGAAAAUGUGUACAUUAUUCUAGGGCUAAUCUGAGGGCUCACAGCAGGGACGUUUACAUUUGCUCUUUUAAACCAAGCUUUUGAUUGCGACUAAAGGUAUAGAAAUAAUGAUGCAACAUCUGUAAAAUACUGACACAUCGAUCAAUCUGUGCUUGUGCAGCCUCACAUGCCAAGAAUACCCCAGCUCAAUCCGUGGGGAAGCAGCUUGGGUUUUAUAACCACUUUGUGCAUGUGUACAAAUACAGGAAGGACACACAAACAUUGGGGGUACAGCCAGUGUAAUUAACACUCGACGAAAAGAAUCCGGCUGUGUGAAUCAGCCUUCCCUCUUCCCUCGCUCCAGAGCCGCUGCACGGCUGCCUUCCCUGCCCCUGAUCUCUUUUCUGAUCCCUUUGAGAGAGGCUGAGAUGAAAACUGACUGCCAGAGAAGAGCAAUACCAGCCCGCAGUGGUACUUUUUUGUUUGAGCUGUAAGAGGUUUAGUAUGAUACCACUUCCAUGAGUGAAGUAGAGUAGGGCACUCCUAAACCCGAACAAAAAAAGGAAAAAAAAAGGGGAAAAAAAGAAGAAAACGUACAGAAAGUCAGCCCCAAAUAUCGUAUUUUAUGUCUAAGUUUCACAGUCUCCUAAAGGCUGGGCUCUUAUGGGAAGGCUUCCAAACUGUCACUAACACUACUACCCAGCCGAAGUCCUGUUCAUAAGUGCCAGCCGGAUCCGUGUACCCGUAUAGCACCAACCGGGGCUGCCCUUCGGCGGGGCAGGAGGGAAAGGGUUAAAUGGGGACUCGGGACUCGCUGUGCUGUGAGGCAAAGGUGACUCUGCACGGGAAUCGCGUCCCCGGUGCCCGCACACCAGGCUCUGUCUGGUACAUCCCUCGCAGCCUGCGCAUCUUUCACUCCACCAAAAGCCUCCGCUGGUUUUUACUUUAGGUGCUUCUAAUUCUGCUCCUGGGAAGGGCACCCUGCACAGCGAGGCCGAUGUUCUGCCUGCAUUCGCAGGAUUUUUUAUUUUCUUACCACAGGUUUCUGGUGGUGGUACCCGCCGGCUGCAAACUUCUAGGGAAGGUGCCCCCAGUGCCAGCCUCCCCCGUUCCUUGGGAUUUUGGAAGUGAACGCGCUCUCUCCGUUUCCACGGCUGCAGAGGAUUUCCCUGCCCAGCAAGGAUUUUUCUGCGAGGUAGAGGCUCAGCAUUUGUGGGGAGAGAGGAUAAAAAAUAGCACCAGACAUUUCCUGUAGCCUCGGGCUUCCCCGCUCCCCUAAACGCUUUGGACGGGCUGCACUUGCGGGCAGCGCGCUCCGUGCCCAGCUCGGUUCCGCCGCUCCGGGGCCGGGAAGGGGAGCCGAGCUCCCAGCUCAGCGCCUGUUCCAGCCCGGGAUGGGGUCAUCCCUCACCCCCAAAGGCAGAGGAGCCCCGCACAGGGACAGCCUCCCUUCCUCCGGCAGCGGGCCACGGCGCCCCGGCAGCAGAACUCACUGCAAGAACGGUUUGGCCACCAGCUUUGAGAUUUUGGCUAUCGAAGUGCCUUGCUGCUCGGUCAGGGGAGAUGGCCCUGCACAUACCUUCACUCGACCCUGCCGUGAACUUGAUGCCGUUGGGAUCAGCUGGCUCGGGGCACGCAGGCGGGGGCCGGCAGUUGCCCGGGCAGAGGAACACGCACGCAGGGAGCGCUUGGCCCCGGGGCAGCACCUUACGUGCCAGGUUCCCUGCCCUGGAAUCCAGCCACGAGCGACACUGCCGGCGACCCUGCUGCCAGCCCUGCUCCCUGUCUGGCCAAGGGGGCAAUGCUGUGGGCAAGGAGGCUGUCGGGCACUUCCCACCCCUCGCUCUGCACCCCUGGUUUGGCGUGCAAAGGAAUGGCUCGUUUUUAAUUUUUUUUUCUCUUUUUCCCUCCUUUCCUGCCAAGCCCAGACCCUGCUUCUUGUUGUUGUAGGUAUUUAUGGGCCUGUUUAUCUGAUCUCGGGGGAGCCUAUUCUUAUCUCAGAAGCAGCAAGGGAAGGGUUACACUGGACAGCUCGGUAGACAGGAUGGAGCCAAAUAAAAUACCAAUCUGACAAAAAAAAAAAAAAA